CACAGGGUUUUUUGGUCUAGCUCUGUCAGAUGUGCUGAAAGGAAGACAGCAGAGACAGGAUGAGUCUGAGAAGAGGAAGACCACCGCUCACAUGUAACGAUGGAAAUGUGGCUGAAACGGUUGACUCUGGUGUUACUCACAGCAGCAGCGCUGGUGACAUCAGACCAAGAUCUUGUGAUUCUGGAUGAAAAACAAAACAAAGUGGAAGUUCUUGUCGGCUCCUCUGUGACUUUCGACUGCCGUAUAAUGCCGGCGACACCUGAUAGACAUCGGGUGGUUUGGCGCUUUAGCGCCUCAGGAUCUUCAGUCAAUGACUCAUACAAGAUCAACAAUUCUUCAGGAGAGCUGAACAAUACAAAAUAUAUUUUAUUAAAUGCAACAGACAAGAACAGCGGAUGGUACUUUUGCCAAAUCAUCGUUGAGAUUCCCUUAUUAAAUAUUACUAACAGCAGUGGAACACAAGUAGUUGUUACGAAGAGCAAGGAACAUACAACGUACCCGCCACUACCCAUAGUGACGGGUAAACAAGCUACUGCGUCUCCCACAGACAACUUCCCGGUCAUCGCCGGGUGGAUAUGGAUCGUGUUGGGGGUAUCUGCUUUCAUCCUGAUUGUCCUGCUGGUCACAUGUGUCUUGCUGAGAAGAAGAUGUCGCAGAAGCAGAGGAGAAGAACCUAUCUAUGUAAACUCUCGUCAUGUGGCCAGCAAACAGUCUUCACCUCGGCCAGGGUUGCCCGGGGACAACCUGAAAAUGGUUUCUUCCUCCCAAAACCUCCACAACCCGAGUCCAGGCCAGGGAUACCACAAAGACAAGCGGAGAUUCAAACAGUGAGGAAGUCAUGGACCUCAUAAAUCGACUCAUCAUAUCUUUAAAAAGAAAAGAUAUUAUGUGCCACUAGAUGGCAGAAGGUGGAUACUGUCAAUGGGUAAAUUCAAAAUGUUCUUUUUUUAUUUUAUUUGUUCUAUUUCAGCCUUUCUAUAGUAAAUAAGCACAACGUGGAUUUUUUGUAUGAAUUAUAGAGAUUGGGAGUGACAUGUUGAUGUUUUUAUCAGCUUUGUGCUUAUUGUUAGAGUUUAUAUUAAAAUGGUAAGAUGCAGGUUUUGUAAUAUCUUGAAUGUUAGUAUAUGAUAUUGAUAGGUAUCCUAUUCUGUCAUAUUAUCAUUUUAAUUUUGCAUUUUUAAUACACAUCAAUAAUAAAUAAAUAAGUCAAAAUCAAGGGAACAUUAAUAUUAUUUUUCAGAUCCAACUGAUUUCCUUUUGUAUUAUUAUUUUAAACUUUGAAUGUAUUGUUGGUGCAAGCUUUUCCUUUAAACUUGAAAUGUGUAUGUUAUUGUAUGUAUUUCUUCUCAGGUAUUUCCUGUAAAAUAGAUAUUAUAAGCCACUAGAUGGCAGAAGGUAAUUGCUUUCUGCUUUUGUCAAUGGGUAAAUAAUGUUUGUUUUAUUUCCACUGGUAAUAUUUGAAUAUGUUGCCAACAGUAGCUUUAGUAUGAUAAUAAAAAAGAAUAUAGUA